AUGUAUGACGUUAGCCAUAGUGGUAUUAUUAUAUCUGCCUCAUCUAUCUAUCUAUCUAUCUCUUUCUCUGCCAUAUCUCUUAAGGAUAUAGCUGAUCGUGGCUCUCCACAGCCUCCUCUUGUUUCCGAUGGCAAAGUUAAUCCAGAAGCCAUCACUGACACUGAUGCCGGUGUCCCGAACAAGCGUGGUUAUCAAGGUCUUUGCCUAAGGCGUACGGCUAACCAGAGAUAUAUUGCUUACCCAUGCUGGCGUACAGGCAGCAAUUUUUCUUUCCUUCUUUCUUUCUUUCUUUCUUUCUUUUUUCUUUCUUACUUUCUCUUUAUCGCUCUCUCUCUCCUUCACUUUCUUCUCUUCUGUCUCACUUUUCCUUUCUUUCACUCUCUCUUUCACUCUCUUUCUCUCUCUCUCUCUGUCGCUUUCUCUAUCGCUCUGUCUUUCACUACUCUCUAUCUCCAAAUCUCACUUUAUCUACGGCUUUGUUCUUUUUCAGCCAAUGACGACAUUUUCAAAUCGGUCGGCCAUUGCCGUCUGACGAAAUGCUUUCCCACCUUUUACUCAUUUUCCCUCUCUCUCUCUCUCUUUGUUAUUUUUUUCUGA